AUGAACUCCACCCCGACGUUCGCUCGUAUGGAACGGCCCAAGGUCGCCGUCGUCUUGAGACGUCUCGCGAAAAAUGCGACGCAGAAGAACGGGCCGCACUCGUUCCAGAUCACGAGCCCGUACCGCGGCGAGGGCCCGCCCGCGAUUCGAGCGCUGGACUGCCGCCCCCCGGCGAAGCCCGGGGACGAGCUCCCGAUGGAGUUCGUCUUCGGCACGAACCGAUGCGAGGUUUGGGAGAUAGAAUACAAACCGGGCGCGAAGCGACCGACGGUGAGCGUACAAGUCUACGGCCACAUGGCGGAUUUAUACGCCGUCGCGACGCACCCGAGGGACCCGAACGUGUUCGCGACCGCUUCCGCGGCGGACCGCGUGUACCUGUGGAACGCGGCCGAGCGGAACAUGGUCCGAACCGCGCCCACGGGCGUCGUGGGGCGGUCGGUCGCCUUCUCCGUGGACCCCGUGCCGGCGUCGGCGGUGUACUUCCCGGGAUGGACCCCCCCGGCGAAACCGAAACCGAAGCCGAAGCCUGGUCAGUACGACGUCCCGAACCCGAACGCGCCGGUGGAGAUCCCCGCGGGGCAUCACCUCGCGAUCGGCGGGAAGUUUGGCAACGUGGCGAUCAUCGACGCGGUGACGUUGCAGCCGUUGGCCAAGCUGAAGGAGUCGGCGAAGGAGGUGUCCGACCUGAAGUACUGCCAGGGCCCCAGACCGAUGCUCGCGGUCGGGUCGCACGACCUGUGCGUGGACGUGUACGACGUCGAGCGCGGGUACGUGCACCUGUCUCGGUGCCAAGGCCACCAGGCGUCGAUCAAUCACCUGGACUGGUCGCUGCCGAUGACGCUGCACGGCGUCGAGAAUCGCCGAGUGCUCCAGACGUCGUGCGCGUCGUAUGAGGUGCGUUCUAUACACUGGUCCCCAUACGACCGCGUUGGCGUGGUGAACGCCGAUCCUUAA